GUUGCAAUCUCUCUGUUCCCAACUACUUCCCUCUCUCUCUCUCUCUCUCUCUGUCCGAGCUCCCUCCCGCACAGGCAAUCACUUAUUUCCACAUGGCUCUGGAUCAUGAAACCCACCAUCCAUAUCCGGCCCAAGCCAACCUGACUCCGGCAGUCCGGUAUUCAGCACGCCGCCAGAUCCCCCUUCGUCGGCGUAAACUACCGAUAGUACGCCUCGGAGAUGGGAAGAAGCCUCGGAGAGUGUUAACCCUUGUGAAAAUAUUCAGGAGGAUUCGACUACGGUGGUUAAAGUUGAAGUACAUACGCAUGAUGAGGAAGUUCAAGAAGUAUUAUCGGAACGUGGUUAAAGAUCUUAUGGAAGCAGGAGCAACGCUGGAGACUUUCCACCAAAGGGUUAUCAUGGAGGCCUCUCUCGCUGUUCCGGUCAUGGGAGUUUCUUUCAACAGCUACCGCCCUUCAGUGCCCGGAUCACACCGGCCUCGAACCCUCGUGAUGUAAAAGUCUUCUCUUUUCUUUUUCUAUUAUUCAAGGUUGCGUACAUCUGAAUCAAUUUAAUUCUCUGAUCUCUACCUCCUUUGUUUUUUCCAUUAUCAAACCAGAAUUUGAAUAAAUCUGUAACAAAGUUAAAUGAACGUGCCUAUAAAAUGUUUUUUUGUGGCGACUAA